CACAGUUGAGGAGCGUAAUUCAACCAACCGCACGAUAAGUUAACCACCUUCCCAAAGGCGCGAAAAUCUUCCCAGAAUUAUCCGACAAAUUUCAUGCGACGACUACCUUCCUCCGUCUGUUCACCGUCAAGUCACCGUCUCAACCCCAUAACAUCAAUGUCUACCGGAUCCAAUUCACUGAUUUGGUUCCGUAAAGGUCUCCGUGUCCACGACAACCCGGCUCUCGAACACGCCUCAAAGGCCUCCUCCGGAUCCAUGUACCCGGUUUUCGUGAUCGACCCGCGUUACAUGGAUCCGGACCCAUCUGCGUUCUCCCCCGGUUCGUCGCGCGCGGGAGUAAACCGGAUCCGGUUCUUGCUGGAGAGCCUCAAGGAUCUCGAUUCCGGUUUGAAGAAACUCGGUUCGCGGUUGCUGGUUCUGAGAGGCGAACCCGGUGAGGUCCUGGUUCGUUGCUUGCAAGAGUGGAAGGUGAAGAGGCUUUGCUUUGAGUAUGAUACUGAUCCGUAUUACCAAGCUCUAGACUUUAAAGUCAAGGAGUAUGCUUCUUCGGUUGGUGUUGAGGUUUUCUCUCCAGUGAGCCAUACUCUUUUCAAUCCUACGGAUAUUAUACAGAAAAAUGGUGGGAAGGCACCUUUGAGUUAUCAGUCGUUUCUGAAGAUCGCUGGGGAGCCUUCUUGUGCUGAAUCUGAGCUUGUGAUGUCUUAUUCUUCACUUCCACCGAUUGGAGAUGUUGGGAGUCUUGGAGUUUCGGAAGUUCCAACACUUGAGGAGCUUGGUUACAGAGAGGAUGAACAAGAUGAAUGGACGCCUUUUAGAGGAGGUGAAUCAGAAGCUUUGAAACGAUUGCACAAGUCAAUCAGUGAUAAGGCAUGGGUGGCGAACUUUGAGAAACCAAAGGGUGAUCCAUCUGCAUUCUUAAAGCCCGCAACUACUGUUUUGUCACCUUAUUUGAAAUUUGGAUGCCUGUCUUCGAGGUACUUUUAUCAAUGCCUUCAACGUGUUUAUAAGGAUGUGAAAAAGCAUACAUCGCCGCCAGUUUCUCUCCUUGGACAGUUGUUGUGGCGAGAGUUUUUCUAUACCACUGCGUUUGGAACUCGUAACUUUGACAAAAUGAAGGGAAACCCAAUCUGCAAACAGAUUCCAUGGAAAGAGGAUCAUGAUAUGUUGGCUGCUUGGAGGGACGGUAAGACAGGAUACCCUUGGAUUGAUGCCAUCAUGGUUCAGCUUCUGAAAUGGGGUUGGAUGCACCAUCUAGCGCGUCACUCUGUCGCCUGUUUCCUAACUCGUGGGGAUCUGUUCAUACAUUGGGAACAAGGGCGUGAUGUGUUUGAGAGGCUUUUGAUUGAUUCAGACUGGGCAAUUAAUAAUGGGAACUGGAUGUGGUUAUCAUGUUCCUCCUUCUUUUAUCAGUACAAUCGCAUAUACUCACCUGUAUCUUUUGGAAAGAAGUAUGAUCCUGAUGGCAAGUACAUUAGGCAUUUUCUCCCGGUCCUGAAAGAUAUGCCAAAGCAGUAUAUUUAUGAGCCAUGGACAGCGCCGUUGAGCGUUCAAACUAAAGCUAAGUGCAUAGUCGGAAAGGACUACCCAAAGCCAAUGGUUAUGCAUGAUGCAGCAAGCAAGGAGUGCAAGAGGAAGAUGGGUGAAGCGUACGCAUUAAACAAGAAGAUGAACGGUGAGAUCGGUGACGAUGACUUCAAGGAUUUGAGGAGAAAGCUUGAGACAGAUGGAGAAUCUAACAUCAGGAAUCAACGACCAAAACUCAACUAAAGUACCUAAUGAGAUUUGAUGAAAUAGACAUUUAUAAAAACUAAUUGUAGUAGCUGUUGGUAUGGGGCUUAAAUAAUGUUAAAAUGCUCUUCUAUUUAAGGUCAACGAGUCCUCCGCAAACAGUAGGAUUAAAGUAUCGGUGCCAAACUAAAAAAAGACAAAGAAAAAGAGAGACGUUCCUGUUUAAAACUAAAUAGAAGGACCCAGUUUGUUAUAUCUUAUCCAUUAGCCAUGGGCUUUUGAUGAGACUUGGGCCGAGGGGUAAAAAUGUCAAUAUGACUAAAAAAGACAGAGAUAAAAAAGUCAAUCAAUCCACUUGACUUUAACUUGAGAAAGGCGUCCGUCUACUUCUCUUUUAAUUUAUCUGCUCCGGAUCUCUCUCUCUCUCUCUCUCUCUCUCUCUCUCUACGUGUAAGACUGGUGAUUGUUUUUUUAGGCGGGGAAAAUGUCAGGAAAAGGAGCGAAAGGGCUGAUAAUGGGGAAAUCCAGCGGCAACGACAAGGACAAAGACAAGAA